AUUUGUCUUCGACAUGGCCGACGAGCUAGCAAAUUUCAUAACCCUCGCUUCACCCGUGAUCGACGGUAAAGCCAAAGAUCUUCAAGCCUUGAGCUUGAAGAUUUGGGAAAAACCAGAGCUUGGCUACGAAGAACAUUUUGCCCAUGGUAUUCUGUGCGACUUUUUUGAGGAACAAGGUUUCGAGGUAACAAGGAGUUACACUUUGCCAACAGCUUAUCGGGCGGUGUUUGGAGCUGAGAACGAAGGUCCGACGGUUGCCGUGCUUUCUGAAUACGAUGCAUUACCUGGGGUCGGACAUGGAUGUGGGCAUAAUCUCAUAGCCAUAGCGGGGGUAGGGGCAGCACUGGGGAUAAAAGCAGCUAUCGAGGGUGGACUCAACGCUAAGCUUAUUGCCAUGGGAACCCCUGCUGAGGAAGGAGGUGGUGGAAAAGUGCAGAUGGUUAGUAGCGGUUGUUUCAAAGAUGUAGAUUUUUCCAUCAUGGUACAUCCUGCACCUUUUAAUAUGGCAUUCUACGUGAGCCAAGCUCUUGAGAAAGCUGAAAUUGUCUACAAAGGGAAGGCAGCUCAUGCAGCAGCCUUCCCAUGGGAAGGACGCAAUGCUCUUGAUGCUGCAGUCAUGGCGUACAACUCUAUAAGCCUGCUCAGGCAACAGAUGAAACCAACAUGGCGAGUACAUGGCAUUAUAAGUGAGGGAGGAGUUAAGCCUAAUAUCAUCCCAGAGCAAACUAAGCUUGAAUUCUGGGUGCGAACUGUGAAGAAUAAAGAAUGUGCAGUCCUCAAAUCUAAGGUGAAUGCUUGCUUUGAAGCAGCUGCAAAAGCAACUGAUUGCACGGUAGAGAUAACAUGGGAUCCCAUUCCUCAUGCAGGAGUGCUCACCAACAGCAAGCUGGCCUAUUUGUAUCAAAAGUAUGCUGGGCAAAUGGGUGUGGUCUUUCCAUCAAGAGAAGAACAAGAAAGUAUUGUGGAUGGAUCAACAGAUUUUGGAAAUGUGUCCAUGGUAGUUCCUGGUCUGCAUGCUCAGUUCUGUAUUGACAGCUCAGUGCCAUUUCAUUCCCAUGUCUUCCGAGCUGCUGCAGGCACACAGUACGCUCAUGAUCAAACUAUUAUUGCUGCCAAAUCUCUUUGUUUUACUGCAAUUGAGGUGUUGCAUGAUCCAUCACUACUGAAAGAAAUGAAAGAUGAAUUUUUACAAGCAGUCAAAGAUGCUUAGAUCACAUUCUAUUUUCAAUUAGCUAC